UUGUCAUCCCCCCCCUUUUUUUUUUCUUUAAUUUUUUUUUCUUCCUUCUUUCUUUCUAAUUUUUUUUAAAAAAAAUACAUAUAUAUACACACAUACAGACACACACACACAAUGAUUCAUAAUAGACACUCUCCUUCAAACACUAUUGCAAAUGCCCCAGAGGUACCUUCUUCUAAUACGCAAAUGCCUUAUUUUGAUCCAAGAAAUAACUCCAGCAACUAUUUCUCCAGCGGUCACUCAAACCCCCCUGUUGUUGGUCAACCAUUAUACACACUCGAUAUGAAUUCGGCUGCCACCGCUGCCGCCGCCGCCACUGCUGCUGCCGCCGCUUCAGUGGUCGAUACAGCUACCGUACCUUCUCAGCCUCCUCAACAGUCAUAUCGCAAAAGUGUAGAUUAUCAACGAGCCAUGUAUCCACCUCCACCUCCUCCUCCAUCUUCUGACAGAAGAUACAUUCCCGCUGGUGGUGGCAAUGCUGGUCCUCCUUCUUCUAAUAGCAAUAAUAAUAAUAGUAAUAAUAAUAAUAGUAGUAGCGACGAGAACCCGUUUUAUAUGCUGCCACAGGCAGGUCAUGGUUAUGCCCCUCCUCCUCCCUCCAUUGUACCUUCCUCAGGUAAUAGCGGUGAUAUGUCAAUGAUCGAUGGUGUGCUUGUCAACCACCAUCACCAUCACCACCAGCAACAGCAUCACCCACACCACCAUGGCGGUCACCAUGACUACCAUCACCCUAACAAUCAACAUGUGGUGAACGGUGGUAUCACCAACAAUAGCCAAAAAGUUUUUUCAUUUGUGCCACUUCCCGGUUUAAAUCAAAAGAAACGACCCAGAAGAAAGUUCCAUGAGGUGGAGCGUCUAUACCAAUGUAAUUACCAAGACUGUACUAAAUCAUAUGGUACCUUAAACCAUUUGAAUGCGCACGUCUCCAUGCAACGCCACGGCAAUAAAAGACAGCCUACAGAAUUUAAAGAACUUCGCAAGAUGUGGCGAAAGCAAAAACGAGAUAACAAGCAACAACGCAAUGGGUCUCGUAGUACAUCUCAUUCGAUGGAAGACGACCAUCAACAAGAGAUAUCUGUGAUGAAUACGAGUAUUUUAUCGCAUCAUGCUGAUUAUAAUAUGCCACCUUAUAUGCAACAUCCUUCCUUAUUGUCUCACCCACCUCCUCCUCCACCACCACCCACCUUAUGGCGUCCUCAUUACCCAUCCCAACCCUCUGAAUUUAUGCCCCCUCCACCUGGAUAUUAAUUUUUUUUUAUCUAUCUUAUUUUUGUACAUAUAAUAUAUUUCAUUUUUUAAAGCUCA